CUCCCUCUCUCUCUCUUUGUGACACCCACUCGCCCUCUCCCUUUUACACUCCCCUCUCGCCGUCUUCCGCUCUCACUCAGUCGAGCGGGCGAACAGGAGGCAGCAGGCAGCUGCCGAGGAGCGAGCUGGGAGGCGACUCCAGCCUCCUCUCCAGCAAAUAGUGCCUCCUGUACAAUGGAAACUAAACGGUUGAGUAGCAGAAGGGAUGGAGGGCAGAGCUGCCGGGGCAGGUCAGCAGGGGUCAUGAGGGCGUCGGAGGCCCCGGUUGCCGUUCAGAGCAGCUGAAGCAGACAUGGGCAGAGAAGUGUCUCAGAUGGCACCGGCAGGCUCAGCCUCAUCGACCUCACCAGCCGCAUCCUCCUUCGCCACAAGCACCACUGGCUACGCAACAAGUUCUCUGUAUUCGCCAGCAUCUCCCAGUAAGACUUUGCAAUGAGAAUGUCCGAUACAGCCGACACUGAAACGAUGAAGGUCUCCGAAGCCGCCGACACGGUGCCAACGCCAAAAGACAACGCCACCACCUCUGAGGUCGCUGACCAGAGCCAGAGCGGCAGAGACGAACACGGCAGCAACAACAAGAUGGACCCACAGGAUGCAUUCCUCCUCCCGCCCUUCGAAAAGGAAGAGCGAGCCGUGCAGGACCAGGCGGAGAAAGAGGACAGCUGCGACAAGGCGGACAAGCCCGAGAAAACGCAGAGGAAGAUGCUGUCGAGAGAUUCCAGUCAAGACUACACAGAUUCAACUGGGAUAGAUCUCCAUGAGUUCCUGGUCAACACGCUGAAGGGCAACCCCAGGGAUCGAAUCAUGCUACUGAAGUUGGAACAGGACAUCUUGGACUUCAUCAGCAAUAAUGAAAGCCAUAAGAGAAAGUUCCCCCCCAUGACGUCCUACCACAGGAUGCUGCUACACCGAGUGGCCGCCUACUUCGGCAUGGACCACAACGUGGACCCCAGCGGGAAGUCCGUGGUGAUCAACAAAACCACCAACACUAGAAUACCCGAUCAGAAAUUCUCAGAGCACAUCAAGGAUGACAGGGCAGACGAUUUUCAGAAGCGCUACAUUCUCAAACGAGACAACUCCAGCUUUGAUCGCGAAGACAGCACGAUUCGAAUGCGUUUGAAAGCUGACAAGAGGAGCAAAUCGAUGGAGGAGAGGGAGGAGGAGUACCAGCGAGCCAGAGAAAGGAUAUUCGCACAUGAUGGAGAUCACUUCAUACUCGAUAGGAGCGCUCAGGAUGAAGGCGCAUGCAUGAGCACCCAACAGAGGCGGCAAAUGUUCAGGUUACGGGCCGGCCGGUCGGGCGCCAGCCGGCAGAGCAGCUCCGAGACGGAGACGCUGCCGCGUCACGGCGAGCCGCGGCCGUGGAGCAGCACCGACAGCUCGGACAGUUCCAACCGGCUCGCCCCGCGGCCCGCCAUCACCAAGGCCAGCAGCUUCAGCGGCAUCUCCCCCGGCCUGGUGCGGGGCGACAGCACGGCCAGCAGCAAGAGCACCGGGAGGCUCUCCAAGACAGGCUCAGAAUCGUGCAGCAGCGUCGGCUCCUCGACCAGCUCGCUGUCCCGUCCGCAGCUGCCCCUCCCGGUCUCGGCGGCCCCGUCCUGGUCCAGCAUCCCAAACGCACCUCUGAUCCACCCGGCCCCCGACGCCAGAGGCUCCGGGCACCCUGAGAUGAUCAAGAGCGUCCUGCCGCAGACCCCGUCGGCCGCGGACGCCACCAGCUACUACGUGCUGCCGCUGGAGGCCUCAGGGAUCCCGCCAGGCAGCGUUCUGGUGAACCCGCACACAGGCAAGGCUUUCAUCCACCCCGAUGGCAGCGCCGUCGUAUAUAACCCGGCCUCCAUCGCCCCCGCUGCUGGCAGGAACCCACAGCAGGGCAAAACCCUGCAGCAGCCAAUCCCCGCCCAGACGCAGCAGCAGCCGACCAAUCACCUCCACUCCCAGCCGAUCUGUCCUCCUCUCCAGCUGUCCUCUGAGCCUGUUAACAACCCAACGGUCUCGUAUCCUCUUCCUCCUCCUCCUCAGUUCCUGCCCGUCUGUCCUAACCAACAGUACACUGUGCCCGACGUCCUCAACGCCCAGUUCAGUCACAUGACUCUGGCACAGCAGCCGCCCAGCGACGGCGGGGCCUCAGCGGCGGACGCCCGCCACUAUCCCGCCGUGUACCACCACCACCACCACCACGCCUCCCCCGUGGUGCUGCAGGGAGCUCCUCAGCAGCAGCAUCACCAGCAGCAUCAGCAUCAGCAGCAGGUUGCAAGCUACAUGGUGGCGGGGCCGUCGGGGGGUCACCCGGGGUUGCUGCAGGGUCAGCCCGUCCCACUCCCGACCUCGGGCCCCAACCACGCGUAUCCCAGCUCCACACCGGGCCCCGCUGCUUUCCCGGGGUCGGCGCUGAACCAGCAGCUGCUCCAGCAGCACGCCUACAUCCAGCAGCCUGUGCAGCAGAUGUCCGCGUGCUACUGCUCGUCAGUCCACCACCCGCACUGCUCCAACCAGCAGCAGCAGCACUACCGGCCCCCCGUCAACCCGCUGCCCUACAACUGCCCUCAGAGCCAAAACCUGCCCCAGCAACAAGUGCACCAAGCCAUGAUGCCCAACCCGGCGUCCAGCUACCAGGCCAUAGUGGGCAUGCAGCCAACGUCCAGCCUGGCUCUCACCGGCAACCAGCAAAGCAAUAUGGGCAACCAGAUGCAAGGCAUGAUGGUCCAGUACCCUCCGAUGCAGUCUUAUCAGCAGGUUUCUGUGCCACAGCAGACGUACCAGCAGCCGGUGUUUGUGUCCUGUCAGCCGGGACAGGGGGCGAUGGCGGUGGCCGGCAUGCAGCCCUGCUACAGCCUGCUCCCCCCGAACCAGCACACCACCAUGAGUUCCACAGUGAGUUUCCUGCCCGCCCAGAUGAUGGAGCAGCUCCAGUUCUCUCAGACCUCGUCCCCCUGCGUCUCCCAGCAGCACCCAGGCCAGCAGUACGCAGGGUUGUUACCCACGUCCCCCGGCGGCGGUGGCAUGGUGAUGCUGCAAAUGACGGCGCCCUCCUGCCAGCAGCCCCGGGCCCCCUCCCCCUGCCAGCGGAAGCAGCCCGGCCACAAACACCCGGGCCCCGAUCACCAGCGCGGCCGCCGGCCCGCUGAGCUCCCCGCGCCGCCGGACAGCGCCCAGAGCAGCCUGCCCUUGUCCCCGGCACUCACUCCCUCGCCAGGCCAGCCGCCCAGCGUCAAGGGCCUCCCAUCAGGCAUCUCGUCCAUCCCUGUCAUGGCCCGACACCCGCACCACCUCAGCCACCUCCACCACCACCCGCCGCUCCCUACAGCCUUCUGCCACAGUGGACAAGGUGAAACACACUACUCUCUACUGGGCCAGCCUCUGCAGUUCAAACCCUCCAUCAGACCUCCGCUGAUCCACACGGCCCACAUGGUGGCCAAACACCAGGGUCCACUGGGGGUUUGGCGUAGUGGUCACGGGAGGAAGGCCGGCAGAAAACCUCUGUCUUCAGAUCUCAGUGUAGGUGAAGCAGUGAGCAGUCAGAUCCUGGAAGUGACGGCGCCUCCGGAGGGGAUCGGCUGCACAGACUCCCACCACCUCCUGGCAGAGCUCUGCAGAGGGGGCCAAUUGAUCCGGCGGCUGUCGGACCAUCAGCCCCAGCUGCGUGGCGCACCCAGAGACGCUCCCGGCGGACGCCUGGCCUCGUCAUACUCCGUCUUCGCCAUGCUACCCAGAUACGCAGCCCCGAGCGCCGCGCUCCACCACGAGGCCCCGGGGGCCACCUCCGAACUCCGAACUAGCGCCAGACACAACGGGGAGCUGUGUGGCUCGGACGAGGCCGGCUCACAGCUGCUAAACAUCCUCGGGGGCGUCUGAGGAACGCCACACGAACGCACAUCCAACCACCUGCCUCUGCUGCCUCAGUCUGGACCUCCUCAGUUCAAGUCCCAGACUCUGUCCAAAUCACACACACAAAAAAAACCGUAUCAAAUGUUUGAAGAAUGAACAUUCACUUUUAUUUAAUUUCUUUUAAGUUCAUUUUAUCUUUUUUCUGGCCGACGGGGCCCCGAGUUUGGUUUUGUUUGUGAAAUGCGGCUGCUGAGCUGGCCCCUUUCUCUAUUCUAAGAAAAGAAAAUCUAGUUUGCUGUUCAAAAGUGAAAGUGUUCAGAGAGCAGGAUUCCACUGUGGCUCUUUUGAAAGCAGGCGUACGAGCGUGACGGCGCCAUAUCGAGCUAAACGUUCACAUAAUCCACUCGUUUCUGGUUCGGGAAUGUUUUUGUGCCCACCUAAGACACGUGAAAUUGAAACUGAGCAUUCAUAUCAAAAGUGUUUAUAUUUUAUUGAACAUUCAUCAAUAAUUCCAUCAUCCGUGUCCUUAACCGCUGACUCAUGACACAAUGAGCGGCAUUCAUCUCCCGCCUCCCAACAACAAUAACACACAGCGGCACUUGUACAAUGUUGAGCCCAUACAAUAAUAAACACUGAAUAAUGGAUAAUACUACCUGAAUUAUUGAAAGUCACUUUUAUACACAGUGAAUGUUGGAUUUGCACUGAAGUGAUGAAGAGAUCUGAUUGGUAUCAGCCAGGGCCUGGAUUCUUUUUUUCUUUUAUCAACCCCCCCCCUCCCCUUCCCUCGUACCCGUUUGUUGCACUCGGCCAGGCCACUUUCUUUUAUAUAUUUAAUUAAAAUGUUUAUAUGCACAAGGAAAAUGCAAUCGACUUUGUCACUACUUGGCUUCUUUUAUUUUGUUGAGGGGCAGGGGGGGGAUUUUAUUUGUGUGACUCAUGAGAGGUGUUCUGUGUCUGGUGUGGCUUUUCUUUUUCCUUUUCUUUUCUUUUUUUGGACUCUAAUAAAUGUUUG